GAGUUCAAGUUCCAACCAAAACAAAACUAAAAAACUUGAGAAUGGAGAAAGGCAGAGAAAGGAGGUCUGAUGAUUGCAUCACAGGAAGCCAUGAAAGAGGCAAGGCAGCAGCUGAGGGGAUGACCCAGAGCACAGACAGACGCACAAGUCAGUCCUCCCCUGGCUCCCAGCUGAUUGGUGAGGAGCCCGGGCUUCCGCAAACAAGGACAGGCUUCUUCGGCUUCAGGAGACCAAACAGCCAUGUCCGGGAUGUCCGCUGCCUCCAGCCUAAGGGUCUUCCUUCCGGUGCUGCUGGCUGUCAUCAUGGGAGUGGAGCAAGGCCACUCCCUGGUCUGCUUUUCCUGCACCAAUCAGCAGAGCAAUUUCUACUGCCUGAAGCCGACCAUCUGCUCCGAUUCAGACAACUACUGCGUGACCCUGUCCGCCUCCGCUGGUAUCGGGAACGUUGUGGACUUUGGCUACACCCUGAACAAGGGCUGCUCGCCCAUCUGCCCCGGCCCUAGCAUCAACGUCGGCGUGGCCUCCGUGGGCACCCACUGCUGCCAGAGUUUCCUGUGCAAUAUCAGCGCGGCCGGUGGUGGGCCCCGGGUCAGCGGCCCACUGCUGGGCCUUGGGCUUCUCCUCAGCCUGCUGUCGGUCCUGCUGCUGCAGCUGAGCCCCUAAGCCCACAGACCCCUUGCCCAUAUGCCCUGAGCUCAGGAAGAAUACCCGGCCCCUUCCCGAUCCCAGGAGGCGAGUCUCCAGCUCCUCCUCGUGCCUGAUAACCUCCCCUGAGACCUGUCUCCAAGGCCAGACCAGCACCUGCCCAGCCCGGGGCGGAGGGGGGCAGCUGCCCUCCCUCUUAAGUCAAUCAUGAGACCUUCCUUGGGGGAUCAGGGGUCCCCCUGAAGUCUGAGGUUCCCAGGGUCAGUCUAGGAACCCUCAGAUGCACGGGAAGGGCCCCCUAUGCCCCAUUCCUGUUGGUCCCAGGAGGCUGUGCCGAGUGUGCAGCUGUGAGCGUGUGGCAUGGUGAGCACACGGCAGCGUGGAGGGAGUGCGGGGCAGUGUCGGGGAAGGGCGCGGGAAGGUCCAGGGGCCCCAGGCCUUGCCAAAGCCCCUCGCCCAGCAUUGCGUACCCACCCGGCACGCCUGUGCUCCAGCUCAGCCCGCUGCCCCUCUGCCCACCCUGCGCCACCGUCCGCAGCUUUGGUGCCAAAGUGUGGAAUAAAAUUUAGAAACAUUCUCACUC